AUGUCGCCUCCAUCCGAGACGAAUGACAGUCCCCGUGAAUACAUCAGCAUCAGUGACUCUGAUAGCAUGGACGUCGCUGUUAGUGAAGGUAUAAAGUCUCUAGCUCCUCCAUCUAACGCUGGAUAUUUACAAAUCUUCUCUCCUGCAGACGACGGCACUAUGCACCGCCAUCCACCUAGCACAAUCGGACCAGAUGAUCUUAAGAGCUUGAUUGAAGAGCUCGUGACGCCGUCCCGGGCGAAAUCAACAGCGACGCAGGCUUCGCGUCCCCUUCGUUCCGCUCCUACUGAUGCUGCCCUGACCCUACAGGCGGCUCCAGGAGUUGCCGAUGCGGAUAACGCGCCUGUUAUUGAUGCAGAGGUGACAACUAUCACGGCAGCAUGUUUGCCAGAGAUGAUGGUGUAUCCAAGUAUCGAGGCUUCAGACGCGAAUAUGGUUGAUACCAGUGCCAUCAACGCGUCGUCCGCUGACUCUCAGGCUGUUGGCCGGAACACUGGCGUGCUUGAUGGCGUGGUUUCUAUUCCGUCAGCUAGCAAGUCUCCUGUCUUGCCUGUCACCAUUCCUGCAGUUCCAUGCUCCUUGGAUACGCCAUCAUCAAUGCUACCUCCUGCAGUUACCAAUCAGUGUCACAAACCCACGUUUGGGCAGCCUUCUGCCCUAUGUGGCACCAUGGCUUCACCAUCGCAUUCGGAUGGCACAUUCCCUGCGUUAUUCGGACAAGGAAGUGCAGCUUCAGGUAUUCCCGGUGUCUCCAGGUUCUCUUGCCCACCAGCCCCUUGGGGAUAUGGGCUAAGUUUACUUAACCAAACGGUGAAUUCUCCUCCUACACCAAGCCCGCUAGUCCCUAAUAACCAAGGAAUGGCCCCCUCCUUUGCAAGUUCUACGUCUUUCCAAAUAGAAGGAACCAGACCUAUGCUUUCUAAUGCGCCAGGGACAACUGUUCUCGACCAGACCUCUAUACCAGCAGGCCACGCGGCUAUUACACCUAGAGAACUUGGCCCAACGCAGGUUCUAGGUGAUGUCAACACCGCCAAGUUGGAUGAUAAGGACGCAAUGUUCUAUUUUGGUGUCAUUUGUAUUCAGGAACAUCUAACUCCAUCCUUUGAGUUCCUGCAAUAUUUUGACAAUAAAUGGGUGGUUAGACUCAGAUUUGGAGACCAUGAGGUCUCUAAGUUGCAAAUCUACCCAACUAAGGCUGCCGCCACGGCAGAUGCGUGCCGUGGUGGCUUAGCCACCUUGAAGUCUUUGAUGCCACUCUGCGUGGUUCCCGAAAGUCCUGAGCUUGGUGUUUCGCCUAACCGACUCCGCUGGAAUUCAUUAUUGGCAUUGUACUGCCAGCAAAGAGGUAUACCAGACCCACUGUACACCCAGUAUGCUAACUUUAAUGGCUAUCGUAAUGAAGUCGAGGUUGAUGGCCUUUCUUUCUUUGGCAUUGAGAAAUGCUAUCCAUCUAUUGACGAAGCCAUUAUUGCAUGCGCCCACAAAGCAUUGCAUUAUUUACUCGUUACCAGUGGAGCAAAUGGAGAGCUUAUGCAUGGGGUAGCCAAGUCUGGAGCCCUGCCAAAGGUGGUUGGUGCUACGCCCAAUCUUCCAAAUAAACCAGAACCAGUUACAGUGGACUUGACGAAAUUUCCAUUUGUCCCCUCUGCCGGCACUAGUGUCAUCACAAAGAGGGCACGUAGAAAAGGCGGAAGGGGCCGUGGAAAGGAAGCGUCUUUGGUGGAUGCCCUUAAGAAGGUAAAGGGAAGCGAACACCAGUAUCCACAGGCCCCAACUGCCGCGAGUGCCACUGGAGCCAAUUCAGUUAAGGUCAAGGCUGUUGAAAACACCACGAACAAGAAAUCUACGGGCAGACUUGCGACACCUGCCUUUUUCAACCCUUCCUUGAUGGCUCAGAAACCAUCAGCUAACCAUGGAGUUCCCGAUGCAGCAGAGUUUGCCCAGGCUAUUUUCUUUCAGUGCCGCAUCUGUGAUCGCUUGUCUAUUCACCCCCCCGACUUUCCGGUAAAGGUAUUCAACGUUAAGGGUAGUCCUAUGCACUUUGAAGUUGAUGCCUUUUUUCAUAACGAUGCCGCUCUUCGUAACUUCAGACGCAUUGGUUUCGCAAAACACCAGAGCAAGCCCGAAGCUGAACUUUUAUGCCAUCAAAACACGGUUGCCUUUCUUAUGGAAGUCAUGAUGGGUGUCAAUCAACUGCGAGGUGGCAACUGGAUUGAAGAAGCAGCAUUGACGGAUAAAACGGGCUUCUAUCUCUAA